AUGGAAGCAGCACAAGGACAAGGACAAGGCCGAGGACAAGGAUCAGUGAAGAGGGAAACUGGCAACAGCGCCAUCGGAAGAGCCACGAUGGGAGAUCCCGGUACUGAGGUGUACCGAAAAAAGGAACAGCUAUCCUCGAAGGAAGCGCUCGAGCAGGCGGAAGCUUUCGAAAGUGUAGGAGUGAACGCUCCACACCUUAAGGAAGGCUCGCAGCAAGUUCAGCCGGUGGGAGUGGCUCAGGAAGGAGAAGGCAUACUGCAAUGUAUGCGGGAAGAGAGGCCACCUGGCAGUGACGUGCUGGAAGAACCCCAGAACUGGCCAAAAAGUCUCCCGCCAAGUGGAAAACUGGACAAGACAGUCCCACCGCACGAUGGGAAACAGGCACCAGAAAUGUGGAGUGCCAGAAUGGAGAGGUGA